UCGGAGUUGUGUUAACGUGUUUUAGUAAACUCUGCGUUAAAAUAAAAUACAAUAAAAUAUAUAAUAUUAAUGGAUAUGAAGUUCUCUUCAAUUAAACUACAAACAUUAGAAUAAAUAUUUCAUUACAACAUUAAAAAAACGAACACGAAUGUGGAUUACGCGCCGCAAAGGAAGAGUUGGAAAUAGGUUUGCAAUUCGAAUUCUACAUAUUCCUGUGAAAAGAAUUCAAAACGCAGAAAAAUCGAAGAAAACAGCUAGAAAGCAGCUUCAAAACGCAGUGCAAACAAAUUCGGAAAUGAAGUGAAAAUAAAAAGAAGCGAAGCAAAUAAAUAGUGUGAAACAGCAAAAUAGAAGCUGUCGAAGUAGAAAAGAAAAAGUGCAUUCGCUAUCUCAUUGCAGUUUUGUGUGAGUUUUCCCGCAUAUACAUGCAUAUAUAUUCAUAUAUUGUUGUUGUUGCAUACCACAAUUAACUGAAGGUUUGGUGCAAUUAAAUUACAAUUUUCCGGCCGUGUUGGCAGUGAAAAUUCUUUGAAACGUUUAAUACAUAAACAGCAGGAGUAGUUUUUAAUUUAACCAAAAAAUCAAAAGUUUCUUUUUAUCGAAAGAGAGGAAUCAUUGUAGGUUUAAAAGUGCUAAUUAAAUUUAAAGGUAAAGAAAAUGGUACAGGCCUAUAAGUAGAAGAAAUACUGAAAAUACAGCACAAGAGAAUAACGCAAUGCAAUGCAAAUAAAUUCUGAAGAAGGAAAAUAUAUCUACAAAAGCAUUAAAAAAAUGUUCGCAAGUGGGGGUUGUACUGAAUAACAGUCGAGGAAGGACAAUAAAACACAAACGCUGGUGGAAACAUUUUGUCUACUACUGUGCUGGCUCCCGCAAAUGUUGGUGUCGGCGGUGGUGGAAGUGUUUUGUGUGGUAGAUUGGAAUGGCGGCAUGAAAUGAAGGCGGCGUUGACAUCGGUUAUAUAUAUUGCACACCGUCCGUUCAGUGAUUUUUCAUUAUCUACGUAGUUAAUUGCAGUAAUUCCGUGCUAAUUAAAAAUAAUUCAAAAUUAAUUUCCGGCGCAUUAAAAUAUUUUCAAAGCUGGAUUAUAACAAAUCCGACGAUAUUGGAUCUCUACAGGAAAAUAAUUCUGGAGUGACCAACAAAAUGGUGAAACGCACCGACGGCACAGAAUCUCCCAUAUUAGCCGAAGCCGAUGCUGAUGGUCAUGACAAACCGCGAGUGCGAUAUGGCGAACUUGUUAUACUGGGCUACAAUGGUUAUUUACCGCAAGGUGAUCGCGGUCGUAGACGUUCAAAAUUCGUACUUUACAAACGUACAGAGCCGAACGGUGUGAAACGUUCCAAACACUAUAUCGUCCAAUCGCCACAGACAUCGAAAGCUAUACUAGAUGCCAAUCAACAUUCAAUUUCAUACACACUAUCACGUAAUCAAGCUGUCAUCGUGGAAUAUAAAGAAGACACGGAAACGGAUAUGUUUCAGGUUGGUCGCUCAUCGGAGUCCCCCAUAGAUUUUGUUGUUAUGGACACAUUGCCCGGUGAUAAAAAAGAUGCUAAAGUCAUGCAAAGUACAAUAUCGCGUUUCGCAUGUCGAAUACUGGUGAAUCGCUGUGAGGCAUCCAAAGCGCGAAUAUUUGCCGCGGGCUUUGACUCAAGUAGAAAUAUUUUCCUGGGCGAGAAGGCCACAAAAUGGCAGGAUAAUGUCGAAAUCGACGGUCUCACCACAAACGGUGUGCUAAUAAUGCAUCCAAAGGGUCAGUUUUGCGGCGGCAAUGCCAAGUGUGGACUCUGGCGUGAAUGUUCGGUCGGCGGUGAUGUGUUCAGUUUGCGCGAGUCGAGAUCGGCCCAGCAAAAGGGACAGCCGAUUUACGAUGAAUCCAAUGUACUGCAAGAUGGCACGCUGAUCGAUCUGUGCGGUGCCACGCUGCUUUGGCGCUCAGCCGAAGGCCUACAACAUUCACCGACCAAGCGCGAUUUAGAAAAGCUAAUUGAUGAAAUCAAUGCUGGACGUCCGCAAUGUCCGGUCGGUUUGAAUACCUUAGUUAUACCUAGAAAAGUGAAUAUUGGUGAUCAAGUGAAUCAGCCUUAUGUGUACUUAAACUGUGGACAUGUUCAGGGUCAUCACGAUUGGGGCCAGGAUAAGAGUACUGGCGCUCGUCGCUGUCCCAUGUGCCUCGAAGUCGGUCCGGUCGUUACGCUUUGUAUGGGUCUAGAACCGGCCUUUUAUGUUGAUGUCGGUGCACCUACGUUCGCUUUUAAUCCAUGCGGUCACAUGGCGACUGAAAAGACAGUCAAGUACUGGGCCAAUGUUGAUAUACCACAUGGUACGAAUGGCUUUCAGGCGGUUUGCCCCUUCUGUGCGACGCCACUGGAUGGUUCAUCCGGUUAUAUUAAGUUGAUUUUCCAAGAUAAUUUAGAUUAAAUUACAUAAUUAUUAUGUUUAAAUUUAAGCAGAGCGCAUAUAUUUUGCAAGCAUGCAAACUGGCAAUGUUGCAGUUUAUCAGCCCAUUUAUAUGCAUUAGUAUAUAGAAAUAUAUUAUAUAAGUGUAUAUACAUAUUUUUAUGUAUGCACACAUGUAAUUACAAAAGUUGUACGCUGAGGCGCAGCUUUUUGGCAAAUUUCACCAAAGUGAAGUGAGUUGCUUAGAGUAAUGCUACUAUUGUAAUGAUUUUACAAUUACUUUUUUUAAUUUAUAUAUAGAAUCUUCUCUCUCCCGCCCCCACAAAGAAAGCAUUGGCUGAUAAGCUUUAACAUACAUACAUACAUAUAAUUUAUUUGCCAUACACAGGCAUAAUAAUUACAAAAUUUUAUUUCAAAUAUAAACUGAAAGAAAUUUAUAUACGAACACAUAUACAUACAAAUAUACACGCAUGCCACUGAAUAGAGUGUAAAGCGUGAAAGUAUUACAAAAACAAGUGAGGAAAAUUGAAAAUGAAAAUAUAAGUGCAUAAGUUUGUUGUAUGUGUGUUGGCGUUGUGCAACUGCACCGUUAGGGUUCAUAAAGCAAGCUGUAGUGGUAAUGCAUUGUAAUGAAUUGUAAAGAAAUGUCAUGAAUUUAAGUUAUGUGAAAUUUAUAAUAAAAUUAAAAUACAAAAUCAUAAA